AUGAGCCGCAACGGAAGGAACGGAAGGGUCGUUGCUGCUUCGGACACGAAGUCCAAGCGCCUGACGACAGGUGAGUCGGGCUCGGGCGCCCUCAUCGUUUGGCGCAGCUUCAGGAACAGCUUAGGCGAGUCCCUCGGGGAGAAAGCGAAAACCUCGACGCUUGAGGCGAAGCUAAGGCUCUUCCUCUUGCGCGAGAGCGACCUUGGGUCCAUGGGGCUUGGCGAGAAGAGCGAGGAGCGGCGACAGAUGGGCGUCGACAGCAACUGA